CCCUGAACGCAGCAGCAAAGAGUGUGUUGGGCAAGCUGCUCAAUCAAGCCGUCCACUCUCACUCGGUGCAAAACUUCUCCAACACCUGACUCCUUUUUAAUGGAUGCUAAAUGAAUAUAAACCACAAUAAUCGGUCUUGCAAAUACUCCAGAGUUACAAGUUGGGACCCAGCACACAUACUCAGGCUUGUAGUAAACUGCACUAUCAAGGAAAUUCCUCAGGCCUCCAGGGUCACCUCUGCAGUUUCAUUAUCAGGCGGUUCUAGCAGCUGUACAAGCUUCUGUGUCCAAAACAACACACACACCACUCAUUGGACACUUCAUUAGACAAAACUGUUCCCAUGAUGGAAGUUUAAAAGAAGGAAAUGGACUUUUGUGUUCUCAUGACCUGGUUUGAAUCCAUCUGAUCAUCUAUCAAACAGUGGAACAACCCGCCGUCUGCAGGCGCGAUGGCCACCGAAGAAAAUCAAACCUCAUUCAGAACCGUCGUCCUGGAGAAGCGUUCAACACCACCUUGCACCGCAGUCAGGCACGACAGGGAAACCAGAGACUCGAGUGACAGCCAAGAAGUCCGUCAGCACCAGGACCAGUCGUGGUUGCCAAGACAGCGCAGUAGCCCCGCUCUCCUUUAUUACAGGAAGCUGUUGUGUGACUGUGAGAAAGACUCCAUUUUGGACAAGGAAUAUUUUGAGGAGAAGCUUUUGGUUGGCGAAAGAAUAGAAGGACUAACUCCAAAGCUUGGUUCAGGAGGAUCGUUGUGCCAGCUGGACUUUGGUGGUAAGGGCACUUUAAGCCGACGUGACAACCCAGGAAAGUGUUGCCACACUCCCACAUCCAGCUCUAGCUCCAGCCCUGCUAACAGCGAGUCGCGCAGUCCCAGCAUCUUUUGGUCCAACCGGCGACACAUGCGUCGCUCCAGCCUGCCCGUGUCAGCGCUGGAUUUCUGCAAGGUAUCAAAUACAGCGACAACACCAUCCCACUGCAAUCCCUCCAGUGAACCUAACUCCCCCCUGCUGCCCGCUUGCCGACAGCGACGUCACAACGGACUGAUUCGCAGACACAGAGUCAAAGAUGACUACGUGAGCUUAGAGGGUCUGAACAGGAGGCCGAGCCGAAGCUCCUUGGAGAGGUUCUUCUUGCGACGGGCAUCUCUUGAAUCCAUGCGGGACAAGAGGAUGUCGUCGGAAAGGAGGGCCGGGAGCUUUAGUGGGGGCAGCAGCAGUAGUUGCAGUAGCGAUGGGGAGGCUGGAGAAGACGACUCUGAGUUUGUUAGGAACCGUAAGGAUCGUUCUACCCUCCUGGUGAGGCGGUUCUUUAAGAACAAUCAGAAGAUGACCAAGUCUGUGUGCACUGGAACCAAAGCGAUCGUCAGAACGCUGCCGUCGGGACGCAUCUCAGAGGAAGCCUCUGAGGAGGUUGCUCGCCACUUGACACAGCGACCGAGCAAGGAGGAUAUUCGGCCAAUUCUUAAGCGCCAUGUGGAACACCUUAGAGUCUGCAGGAUGAUGUUGCUCUUUGUCUGGGCCAAGAUGCACAAGGUAGUCAACAAUGACCAGGACGCAGCCCAACUUAACCUGACUCAUCCCGCCAAAAAGCUGCUGCUGCUUCUGAAUCGGCCCGCAUGCAUCAGCAACUUCCGACAUUCCUGCUGGCCGCUGCUCCCAUUCAGCGCUCGUCUACCAGGACUGUAUCAGGACCGCAUCCUUCCUGAGCACAGCCAGGGAUCUUCUUGUCCACCCAGGUCUUAUCUGGCAUCUGAUCAUAGGACGUCUGUGUGCUCCCUGCUGACCGGAGCCCUUCUGGACGCCACGGCCGCCCUCGGGGCUCGCUCAGGCCUACCUUGCCCAUUUGGCCAGUCCCCCAACAUGCUGAAAGAGCGUCAGCUGGCCAACAGCAUGACCAGCAGCAGCAGCAGCACCAGCAGCAGCACACUUCCUCCCAGCGUGAGCGGGAUCAGCAAAGAGCUGGCCGAGUUGCGGCACCUGGUGCAGUUCCCCGAGGAGAUCGCCUGCAUCCUCACCGAGCAGGAGCAGCAGCUCUACCAACAGGUAUUUCCCCUGGACUACCUCUGCUUUCUGACGCGGGACCUGGGCAGCCCUGAGAGUCAAACCAGGCGGCACCCGAACCUCAAGGCCUCCCUGUCUGCGCCCAACAUGCCCACACAGACAGCCAGGCGCAGUAACGCCGUGGAGGACCUGGUGGCGCGUUUCAAUGAGGUGAGUUCAUGGGUGACCUGGCUGGUCCUGACUGCUGGUUCAAUGGAAGAGAAGAGGGAAGUGUUCUCCUAUCUGGUCCAUGUGGCCAAGUGCUGUUGGAACAUGGGCAACUACAACGGCGUCAUGGAGUUCCUGGCAGGACUCAGAUCCCGCAAGGUGCUGAAGAUGUGGCAGUUCAUGGACCAGUCCGACAUCGAGACCAUGAGAAGCCUGAAAGACGCCAUGGCGCAGCACGAGUCCUCCUCGGAGUACAAGAAGGUGGUAACCAGAGCGCUUAACAUCCCAGGAUGCAAAGUGGUACCUUUCUGCGGGGUGUUCCUGAAGGAGCUGAGCGACGCAUUAGAUGGCACCGCAAGCUUCAUCAGCCUCAAACCUCCUGUUGAUAACGCGGAGGACACAAUUGAGUUUGUGUCCGACUACACCGGCCAGCAUAACUUCAUGUCCCGCUCUGGCCCAGACGGUCUUCACGUGCCGGAGAAGGAAACCACAGUCAACAACAUCCUGCAGAUAAUUAGGUCGUGCAAUCGCAGUUUGGAGGCGGAGGAUCCCGAGGAUGCCUCCAGCGGUCCUCAGUCUUCUUCCGGGACGGCCCCGGCAUCCAGAAACAACUCCCUCAGGGACCGCUACCGCUAUCAGUUCAUGUUGGGGGACCUGUCCGACUCUGAAAGCGAGCUUUCAUCGGAGGCUGCACCUAAUGAGAUGGAGUUUCAAGGGACCGAGGAGACGCACAGAGCCUUCUGCCACGGCACUGAGCUCAUUCCCUGGUACGUGUUGUCGCUACAACCAGAUGUUCACCAGUUCCUGCUGCAGGGAGCCACAGUCAUCCACUACGAGCAGGACAGCCACCUGACGGCUCGAUGUCUGCUGAGACUCCAGCCUGACAACACCACGCUCACUUGGGUGAAGCCUCAGAGUGGAGGGGUCUCCCCCACAGAGCCACCACUGGGGAUGGGUCAAGCUGUGGUAGCAGGACUGGCUGAGGGCCUGCUGGACCUGGCAGUGGUGAAGGCCGUCUUUCUGGGUCACCAGGGAGUGGACGUCCACACCGUGUGUUUGCAGAACAAACUGAGCCAGAUGACGGUGGAGGAGAACGGCCUCAGCAUUCUUUACGGGCUCAAUACCACUGAUAACAGACUGCUGCACUUUGUAGCCCCCAACCACACCACGCAAAUGUUGUACAAAGGACUGUCAGAGUUGGUGAAUGCCACCCGCAAGAUGAAGAAGUUUCCAGACCAAAGGCUGCAGUGGCUCAGGAGGCAGUAUGUCAGUCUGUAUCAGGAGGAGGGUCGAUACGAGGGGCCGACGUUGGCCCACGCUAUUGAGCUGUUUGGAGGGCGCAGGUGGAACAUGGGAGCAAGUGGAGGAGACAAGUCUGCAGCACCUAAAAACAGUCCCCUGGGCAUCAAUGACAAGACCAAGAAGAAGAAGAAGGUUCUUGUGCGGGGAGACAGCGGGGAUGCCACAGAUGACGAGAUGGUGUCCAGGAAAACCCGCAGCUGCAAAGAGGGAUUGUAUCGGAAUGGACCGGAGUCAGACAGCAUAGACCAGGAAGAUCCAGAUGACAGCUUCCCUGGGCCGUUCUCCCUGUCCUCUAAAGGAAGUCCGGGACUGCUGGCAUCUUCCUCCUCGUCCUCCUCAUCCUCCAGCAUGGCGAGCUCCAACCAAUCCCGUCCACAAUCUUCUCCGGUCCUCUCAGGGACCUCCAAGGCACAGCCAGGGGCGUGGAGCAGCAGGUCUUGGCACGGCCGUGGCAAAGGAUGCUUCAAAGGCUUCCAGAACCUAAUGAUCUCUGACAGCACCAUGAGCUUCAUCGAGUUUGUGGAGCUCUUCAAAUCAUUCAGCAUUCGGAGCAGGAAGGACCUGAAAGAGCUUUUCGACACCUACGCCGUCCCCUGCAGUCGAGCCACUCCAGAGUCUGCUCCUCUUUACACCAGCCUAAAGAUCGACGACAGAGACGUGGGACUCCAACCAGACCUUGACCUUCUAACUCGCAACGGCUCCGACCUGGACCUGUUCAUCCGCACGAGGCAGCACAUGUCCGACAACCAGAAGCAGAUCUCGGACGCCAUCGCGGCGGCCAGCAUCGUGACCAACGGGACGGGCGUGGAGAGCGCCUCGCUAGGCGUGCUGGGCUUGGCUAUACCUCAGCUCAACGACUUCCUGGUGAACUGCCAAAGGGAGCACCUGAGCUACGAUGAAAUUCUCAGCAUUAUACAGACGUUUGAGCCGUCAUCAAACAUGAGGCAGAUGGGCUGGAUGUCCUUCGAAGGCUUUGCACGGUACCUCAUGGACAAGGAGAACUUUGUCUCUCGGAACGAGGAAUCCCAGAUGAAGCUCGAUGAGCUCCAGUAUCCCCUGUCCUACUACUACAUAGAAUCUUCUCACAACACCUACCUGACGGGACACCAGCUCAAAGGAGAAUCCUCUGUGGAGCUUUACAGCCAAGUGCUGCUGCAAGGUUGCAGGAGCGUGGAACUGGACUGCUGGGACGGAGAUGACGGCAUGCCAGUCAUCUAUCAUGGACACACCCUCACCACCAAAAUACCUUUCAAGGAUGUGGUGGAGGCCAUUAACCGGUCGGCAUUCGUCAACUCCGACAUGCCAGUCAUCCUGUCCAUAGAGAACCACUGCUCCCUGCCGCAGCAACGCAAGAUGGCCGACAUCUUUAAGACGGUGUUCGGGGAACGCCUUGUGACGCGCUUCCUCUUCGAGAGCGACUUCAGUGACGACCCUCACCUGCCUUCGCCGCUGCAGCUUCGUGGGAGGAUCCUGCUGAAGAACAAGAAGCUGAAAGCUCACCAGGCACCGGUGGACAUACUCAAGCAGAAGGCUCACCAGCUGGCCCACCUGCAGGCUCAGGCCAGCAACGGGUCACCAGGGGCAAGCCACACUAACGAGGAAGAAGAAGAGGACGAAGACGAGUACGACUAUGACUACGAGUCUUUAUCAGACGAUAACCUGUUGGACGACAAGCCGGAAGGAAAAAGCUGCGUGGACAAAGAGGAUCAGCCCGUGGACGAGGCGCCCAAGCUGAAGAUGAAGAAAGCUGACAGCAGCACGCAGAGCAAAGGAAAGGUGUUCGACAUGGAACUUGGCGAGGAAUUCUACCUUCCUCACAACAAGAAGGAGAGUCGGCAGAUCGCACAGGAGCUGUCUGACCUCGUCAUCUACUGCCAGGCCGUCAAGUUCCCAGGAUUGUCCACCUUGUCCCCGGCGGGCUCCGGCAGGGGGAAAGACCGCGGUAAGUCCAGGAAGUCCAUAUUUGGCACGGCCCCCGCCCGCUGCGCACAAACGGGGGAGGUCUCCACGCAGAGCCGCAACCCCGGGAGAGGCGGCGGCGGCGAGCGUCUGAGCUGGGAGGAGCAUCAUCAUCAGCAGACGGCGCCGGCCAACCCGCCGACGUCGCUGAGCGCCAUCAUCCGCACGCCCAAGUGCUACCACAUCUCCUCCGUGAACGAGAACGCCGCCAAGCGCCUUUGCCGCCGCUACUCACUGAAGCUCAUGCAGCACACGGCCAGCCAGCUGCUCAGGACGUACCCGGCCGCCACGCGCAUCGACUCCGCCAACCCCAACCCGCUCCUCUUCUGGCUGCACGGCAUCCAGUUGGUGGCGCUCAACUACCAGACGGACGAUCUGCCCAUGCACUUGAACGCAGCGCUGUUUGAGGACAACGGCGGCUGCGGAUACGUCCUCAAGCCCGCCGUGCUCCGGGACCGCAGCUGUCCUCUCUACCAGCAGUUCUGUCCCAUGGAGAGAGACGUGGACAGGAGCUGUCCCGCCGUCUAUUGCAUCACGAUCGUGUCGGGUCAGAACGUUUGUCCCGCCAACGGCUCCGGCAGCCCCUGCGUGGAGGUGGACGUGUUGGGCACGCCGGGCGACAGCUGCCACUUCCGCACCAAGCCCAUCCACCGCAACACGCUCAACCCCAUGUGGAGCGAGCGCUUCCACUUCAGCGUCCACUUGGAGGACCUGUGCUUCCUGCGCCUGGCGGUGGUGGAGAACAACAGCUCCCAGGUCACCGCUCAGAGGACUCUGCCUCUGCGGGCCCUCAAAGCUGGCUACAGACACGUGCAGCUGAGGACGCAGCAUAACGAGGCCAUGGAAGUUUCCAGCUUGUUCAUCUACAGCCGGAGAAUAGAAGAAAGUCCAGCAGGGGGCGCCACCGCUCCUUCAUCCCAGUUGUUCAGUGCGGAGGAGAAACAUGCGAGUCAGCUCCACAAAGUGACCGUGCAUGAAGCUCCUGGACAAGAACCUUUCACCGUCUUCUCCGUCGCACAGCAAACCUCCGCCAAACAACUCCUGGACACAAUUGUCCCCGCAGGAGAGGACCGGUCUGCAGACUACUUCCUGUGUGAGGAGAAGCUCCCGCUGGCCAAGGAGCGCGGGGACGCCAAGCGCUCGGCUCAACGUCACCCCCUAGCGGCCGAGGAGGUGGUGGUCAAAGUGGUGGCCAGCUGGGACACGGAGGAAGGAUAUGUGGGCAGGAUUUGUCUUCAAACCAGAGAGGAGAGUUUGAAGGAGAAGAAGAGGAUGGUGGACGGUGAAGAGGAGGUGACAUCAGUAGAAGGAGGAGUGGAGGAGGACAUGUUCCUGGUCCAAGUUCAUGAAGUGUCUCCAGAGCAGCCUCACACGGUCAUCAAGGCUCCUCGCUACAGUUCAGCACAGGACAUCAUCCAGCAGACCCUGUCCAAGGCCAAGUAUUCCUACAGCAUCUUGUCCAACCCAAACGCCAGCGACUACGUCCUCAUGGAGGAGGUGAGCAAGGACGUGGCCUCCAAGAAGUCGUCGACCACUAAGCCCGUCCAGCGUGUCCUUCUGGACCAGGAGUGUGUUUACUUGGCUCAGAGCCGCUGGAAGGGGGCGGGAAAGUUCAUUCUCAAACUGAAGGAGCAGGUGGUGCGCGAGGACAAGAAGAAGGUGAUGUCCUUCGCCAGCGAGCUGAAGAAGCUGACCAGCCGCAGUCGCAGCAUGACCACGGGCGUGGCCGUGGUGGACGGCGCCGCCCAGAGGUACCUGUCAGCUGCAUCAGGGCUGAAGGCGAAGAUGGCAGAGAGCAAACUGCAAGCCUCCUCUCCCUCCACUAGAGGGCAACAGCGACACGACAACAUCUCCUUGUCGCCCGUCAGUCCUCUGACAUGGAAGCUUCACCUCCUCAGGAACUGGAAGAUCCACAAAUGACGAGAGAGGAGUUUGUCCUUGCUACAUAGGCUCCUCCCCUUUUCUUGAUUGCUCACCUGAGCGACAGCCGAGCAGGCGCGCGGCUCCGGGAUGUAGAAAGUGGAGUGGAUCCAUCGAGUGGAUGGCAGACAUGGAGGGGACAUGAGAAGAGGAAGGAGACAGGCGGGCUUGUUGACUUCCUGCACUGUAAGGAGGACAUUUGGCACAAAUAUUACCACACUUUUCUUUCAGUUGUGUCACUUUAACAGAAACAUUAUGUCUAAAUGUUCCUUUUAGGUCCUCAAACAACAUUUUGCACAUUUCUUUGUAAUGUUUUUUCCUUGUCUUUGGUUAGAAGAGGCUAGAAUGUCAUUGGAUGAUCCAAAAAAGUGACCGUAAAUGCUCCCAAUUAUAUUUUUUAUUUUUUGUACCGCAAUAAGGAUUAUUAUAUCAGCUUAUUUCCAAAAUGUAUUUUUUUGUAGCGCAUGAGUUCAAUGAAAACAACAUUUUAAAGGUAGAUACAACCACAAAUUGCUGACCGCUCAUACAGUUUAUAUCUGAAUGGUCUAAUGACCUCUGCCAGUCUGUUACUUAGCACUCUAACUCAAAACUUUGAGAAAAUGUCCGAAAUGAGAUAAAAAAAACAAGUGAUUAGACUUUUUGGAGCUGAUGCGGAUCAUUUGUAUACCGUGACAAGGCUCAACUUCUGUGUGCGUGUAUGCUUACAGCCACUCACAGAGACAAAGACAGUGGAUAAGUAACAAGAGGGUUCACUCUGCUACAGAUAGCGCAAAAAGUUUUGAUUGAUGAAAUUUAAGGAACCAAUAAUUUCAUUUUUGGUGCUGAUCCGGAUCACUAUCUGGAUGUUUUAAAUGCCUUCUUUAUAUUGUGCCUGGGAUAAAUCUCCACUAUUUGAGGACUUUUUUUUGGUUAUAUUAAUAAUUUGGAGUGCAUGAGAAAGUGGAAAGUAAAAGUUAGCUUUUUGAAAACAUGCAUUUUCUACAACGGAACCAAUGUUGUAAUAGCAUUAGACCACAAACUGCUGAGUCACCAUUAAUGAGUUCAUAGUAAACAAAAGUACAUCAGGGGGUUUCCUACUGCCACGGCUAUUAAUGCCAUUUGCUUUUGUAGCACCUGUAGGAGAAUAUGCGGUUAAUUGAAGCAUUUACGGUAAUAACAUUCUUGAAAAAAGAUCAUAUUUCUUUCUUUUGAGUUCAGCCCAGUUGAUUCCAGAAGUGAAAUUCCAAGAAAGUUCUUAAGAGUUAAAAUGGAGUUGAAUUGUGAUGUUAAAAUACUUUAGAGGGACAAAUAGUGUUUGAUUCGCUUCAUGAGUUGUGAUAAUUGACAAUUAUUCACGUUCUUAUCAUGAUGAAUGACAGAAGAUAAUAGACUACACAAUAUAAAAACACUAAAUAACUUCAUGGAAGAGGUUUGCUCACAUUCCAUUUUCAAACAGGAAGUGAAUAUGAAUAUAUAUAUAUAUAUAUAUAUAUAUAUAUAUAUAUAUAUAUAUAUCAGCAGUUAUUUGACUGUUUGCAAGGUUAGAAACAUACUUAUAGUUUGAAUGUAUUUCUAUCAUGCGUAGUUAUAAAUAGACAAUGAAGUUUAGUUUGUGUUCAAAUGAUCUUAUUGCUCUUUUUGGCAUUAAGCGGCCAAAAUCAGAAUAAAUGUAAAAAAAAAAAAUGUAAUAGCCUUCUAUUAGUAUUACUAACUUUAUUCAUUUGACAGGAAGGGAUUAUCUCUUAAUUUUGGUCAUAUUUUACCCUUGAAUGUAAUGUAAUUAUGAUGUUAAAAUGCUGACGGUGCAUUUGGAUGUUAUUUAUUGGAACGUUUAAAGCCCUGGUUGGCGUCUUAACUGUUCUAGAUUUUCUUUCUUGUUUUUAAUUUAUUUCAGUGUAUGGUUAUACUGUAUAUAUUGAGAAAAGAGAUUUACUUUGAGGACAUAUGAAUUACAGUUAUUGUGAAAGUUCCUAGACAAUUGGAAAUAAUCACUAUUUAAUCCACUGACAUGUUUGUUUGCUGACUGCAGGCCAACCUUUUUCUUCUUGAAGCAAAUGAGUCAUUUUGUGGAGACAUGUUGCAUAGCAGAAUAAAAAUACUAAA